UUGUUUUCAAUUUUGUACUGACUCCAUGAUGAACCACCCGCCUCUUUCGUUUCGACAGUGAACGAAUUUAAAACAUUUAAAAUAGUUCUAAAUUUAUUAGGGCAAUAAAUCUUGACGAUCGUUAUAUUGUUGCCGAAAUGACUGAACUGGACGAACUUGACCGCUGCCGACUGUGUUCGUCACAAAACAAUCUGACCGACAUCUUCGGCGUCCCCAACAAAGACGACCUGUUCCGGAUGAUCUACGCAUGCACCUCGAUUCGGAUCACCUUCGAGCGCGACUUUCCCGGUGCCGUUUGCACCAGUUGUAUUCGCAUCGUGAAGCAGUUCUAUUCCUACCGGCAGAAGUGUUUGGACCACAAUCGCAACCUGAAACGAUUGCGCGGGGAAGAUGACGAGGAGGAAGAAAACGAUGACGAUUUCGAAGAGGAUGAUCCACUGAAAAGUUCCAAGAAGCGAAAGCACGAGCGAGAGGUUCGCGAUCGGAAAUUCUACGACGAUGUCAAGAAGUACAUUCAGGGUUUUCUGGCGGGACAAGUUAAGGAAGUGGAACAAAAGGCGCUGGAGAAGGUCACUAAUGCGCUGAAGUUGCGAAAGAAUGGCAGGCAAAAUGCGGAGGAAGUUUUGCUGCAAAUGACGGUGGAACCGGCGGACGGCGUUUGCGAAGAGGUGGAAUAUGAAGUGCUGAGCGAUUCGGAAGGGUUUUGUACGCAGCAGCAGCAACAGCAGGAGGAAUAUAAAAUGGAACUGGAAAGCGUUUACUUCGCGGCGUCGGAUCACGAAGACAUGGCGGAGGGUGAUUUUGCUGGAUUCGAAGAGCAGGCUCCACCGAAUAAAGGUGCCCAGGCUAGUGCUGCGAAUACUAAAAAGGCCGGUGAUGGGAAACGAAAACGCUCUACGGAAGAUGUAGUCGUUUCGACGCAAGCCAAGGUAUUAGAGAAGCAGUUAUCGGAGGCACAGAAGAAGAUCGACACACUGGUGCAGCUUGGCCAAGAGCUGGAAUUGAAACGAAUGAAAUUGCAAACCAGUGGACCAGUUGUUUCGACUCGUUUCACCACCGAAGACGACAUUCCCAUCACAGUGGAAGAGCUGGAAACAAUGAACGAUCGCUCGUCGUCGGACAGCGUGUUUGUCGGGAUGCUCAUCACCCGUCUUAUCGAUCCGAACGAAUUGAUGAACAUGAGCGUCACCGGACACGCUUCGCAUCGAUUCGCCAAGUUGAAAAAACCCGAUGGCUCGCCCCUGUAUCCACCGACCGAAAAGAUCGAUCCACGGAUUUUUGAUUUCGUCUGCAACAAGGUCGCCGAGCGAACGGCAAUGCGCAUUGGGCCCGAAGACAUUCACACUAUCCGGAAGAAUUCCGAAGAGCGCAUCAUCAAGCGGUUUAUUGCACAAAAGAUUGGCAACCUCAAGAAAGCGGGCAUCGUGAGGCGUAGCCGCGCCGAAGGAGAGCAGUCGUGGAGUGAAACAAGUGAGUGAGUGAACAAGCUCUUAAAACUGAACCGAGUGACGUUUUUUAACAAAUCGAUAAAAUAAAAAAAUUUAUGACUACCCUGUAAA